ACUGUUUAUCAAGUCUUAAUUUUUUCUCCAAAAUGCGUUGUUUGCUUCUGCUGGUGUUUGUCGCGGCGGCGACGGCGGCCGAUGUGCCUACCUCUAGUGAUGUGGAUUACAUCAAGAACUACCAUGAGCUCGUGGGUAUUCCUCUCGCAGCGAAGAUCAAGGCGAUGGAAGACCAGUGGCUGAGGAACCCGCUCAACAGAAUCAUCGGCGGCGCCGCAUCUGCCAACAUCAACCAUCCUUACAUGGCUGGUCUGGUGAUCACGUUGACAACUGGAGGUCGCACGGGCUGCGGCGCCACGCUCCUGUCAUCCAGCCGUCUGGUGACGGCCGGCCACUGCUGGGCAGACUCCGUGAACCAGGCCGCCCAGUUCGAGGUGGUCCUCGGCUCCCAGUACCUCUUCAGCGGAGGCACCAGGAUCAUCACCAACCAGGUCUUCACGCACCCGCUGUUUGACCGUAGAAAUCCACUCAAAUACGAUGUUGCUAUGAUCUACCUUCCGUCUCGCGUCACUUUUUCUGCCCUCAUCUCCCCAGUGGCGCUUCCCUCCGCUGCUGAGGUUAAUGAUCAAUUUGCGGGAGCGACUGCUACCGCGAUCGGAUACGGCAAAACCAGCGAUGCGGAGGUCGGUUUGUCUCUUCAAACGUUCCGUCGUGAGGUGAACGUGCAGGUGAUGGCUCAGCCGCUGUGCCGAGCGAGCUGGGGGGCCGGCGUGAUCGAGCCCUACAACCUCUGCACCGAGGGCAACCGCAGCAACAACAACCUCAACAAUGUCGGCGUCUGCGGAGGGGACUCCGGCGGCCCUCUCACCACUUUCAAGAACGGAAGGCAAAUCCUCAUUGGAGUAAUUUCCUUUGCUGCUGAUGGAAACUGUCAAAGUGGAUACGCGUCAGGGUACACCAGGGUCACCAGCUUCCUCGACUUCAUCACCCAACAUUUACAACUCUAAAUACAGACAGUUUACAAGAGGUUUACAAAGCAUCUUAAGCGAAAGUUAAGCUUCUGUCUGACACAAAGAGUUGAAACUAGACUGUUUCUCGCCGAUUUAUGAAGCUCAUCAAACCCUUUAUAAUAUAAGUUCUACUAUCUAAUAACAAUACUUUGUUUUGUAGUUAUUUAUUUACUUACUCAUUAAUUUCUAAGCCAUUCCUCAUAAAGAUACAAAUAAAAUAUACUUAAUGACUUCAA